UUUCGAAAGUAAUGGUAUAUUUGUCUGCAAAGCGCUAAACAUAACAACACUGAAGUAACCAACGCUUGGAUACCUUACCUGUGACUUGUUGCUCGCUGCCCGACUUCUUAGCGCCUAUUUAUAAACAAUGGCACCGCAUCCGCCUUAUCACCCCAAGCAACAUGACCUGGACGAACUUCGGAAACUAAUGCCUCCAGAUGCUGAAGAGGUGCUGAAAAGCGCCUUCGAGGAAGGCCUCACGGACAAGCUACUAUCCCGAUGGCUAAUCGCUCGAAAAGGCGAUGUAAAGGCUGCCGCGGCUAUGCUGGAAAAGCACAUCACCUGGCGGCGGGGUCCCGGGCGGCCCGUGGAAGAGGAGCACCACGGCGUGCAGGUCAACCUGCAGCACAAAAAGGUGUUCCUGCAAGGGCUAGACAAGCAGGGCCGCCCCAUCGUGCUGGGGGUGGGCGCGCGGCACCGCAGGUUCGACAGCAAGGAGGACGCACUGGCCUUCUGCACGUAUGCGCUGGACACCGCAAUAGCCAUCGGGAACUCCCACGAGGGCUGGGACGGCAAGCUGACGGGCGUGUUUGACCUGCGGAGUGAACAUGGGCCUUAAGAACGCGGACCUGACGGCUCUACAAACCAUGUUUGAGCUGCUUCAAAACCACUACCCCGAGCGACUAGGCCGGCUGUUCCUGUACGAGGCGCCCAUGGCCUUCUACGCGAUCUGGCGGGCCGUCAGCCCCUUUGUGGACCCGGUCACCAAGACCAAGAUCAACUUUGUGUUCGCCAAGAACGCACACGAUGAGUUCGAAAAGGUGUUUGACCUGCAUCUGCUGCCUCGAGAGCUGGGCGGCGAGGGCGAGUGGCAUCCCAUUGAGGAGGCGCAUCGGCAGUACCGGCAGCAGGCGGCGCAGCGGGGGAACCAGGCGGGGAAGGAGGACGCGGCAACAGCAGCAGCAGCGGGGCCACUAGGAGGUGGUGAUGGUGGCGGGGGAGGGGCAACACCGUCCUCCCGGCCCGACAGCGCCGGCAAAGCAGCAGCGACCGUAACAGCAGCGGCAGUGGGCGCUCCUCCGCAGCCGGAGAUGGUCGCCGCGUGACGGUGACGUGACCGUGUGGUCCUGCUAGUCCGGGCGGGUGUGUGGGUGGGGGAGCUGCGUGCUUGCUGGGAGUGAUGCGUGCGUGUUGAGGAGGAUGAUUGCUGCUGGGUGGAUCCGUCCUGUGAUCCGUGAUCCUCGCAAGCGCACAUCCGCUAUGAUUGUAGCGUGCAUGGCAUACGUGCUGCAGGCGGGUGGCCAGGCAGUGGCGGCGCUGCUUGCCCUGCUCUUGUUGGGUACGAAGGAGUUCGACUAUAUUGAUUUAGGACGUUGGUUCAGAGACCCAAGCGUGGUGUACCACGGUUGGUGAUAGUCGUACAGUUUGUUCGCUCGUAGCGGUGGUGCCAAGGCGGAAUUCUUUACUAGAUUGUCGACUAAAGAGUAAAGGUUACGACACACCCAUGGGUCGUCGCAGGCCCUGGAGUAGUCAUCGUCGUCUGUUUAUGUUUGCAUAAGCGAACCCCAUACUUGCACUGGGGGGGGCUAUGCGCGCUUUGUUGUUGGAAAGUGUGGGUAGGUAGACCAGUAGGAUCAGUAUUAUUUUUAGCUGUAUGUAAUGAGCAUGCGUGGCGGAUGUUUGCAGACGACCCGUGAUGCUGCCUGAGGGAUUUACCUUGGCAAACUCUGCUACUCGGCAAAGCGUGUGUACGAGCAAUUGUGUGGAGUGCUUUAAGCGGAUGGACAGUGCUUUGCAGCGGUGAUACCAAUUCACAUGGAUGCAUGCAGUAGGUUUACGCAUUGAGGUUUGGCAGGUUAUAGGCGUAAUAGUGAGAUUGCAUCUGGUACAGAGCAGUAGACGCCAGGAGGAGUGAUUGCGCAUGCUAGGGUGCAUCGGAGCAGGUUGCGCAGGAAGAGCGGGUUGCUUGCUCCGGAACGAACUAGGGGUGCUAUUUCCACUUAUAGACAUGCCUCUAUAUUUUGGCAAUCUAGGUGCAUGCCUGUUAUUCCAGGACAGGGGUCUUGCUUUUGCUUCCGAUGUCAGGGGUGGCGACAGACAAGCCGUCAGCCCCGCAUGGCGCUUCCAAACUGCUCAUGCAACUAGCCGUACGGGCGACGCAAAAGCAAUCGCAUUGGCGUUGCACAUCAGUGUGACAGACGUGUGUUUAUUGGAUAUCCUGAGAGCAGAAACAGCCUUGUUCGCAAUACCGAUUGAUUGGGACACGCUGUACGGUAGCUGCUAUGCGUUGUACGGCGCCGUAAAAUACGACCGUACUUGCUCCACGGCACCCUUGCGUUGGGCCCUCGAUUAUUGUAAUCCUUGUUACUGAGCUGGGAGGAUUAUAUCGGCACUCACACGGCAUGCACAAGCCGCAUCUAGGAUGGAGGGGAACCUACGGACAAUCUACGCGCCAGUUUAGGUUUGCGGCGCUUCUUGUGAAACGCAUGCGAAUCCCGUGGGUGAAACCCACGGACGUGGCCCCAUGGCAGACCUCGGAACGAAGGAUCGCUG